AGCUGUCAUUGAUAAACGUCACGUUUGUUUACAAAAUGCACAUUUUUCAAACAAUUUAAUUAAUCGGCAUGGAUCCUCUCGAUUCCGAGGAUCAAAUCGUCGCGAAAAAAAUCAAACAAUUAUCCGUACCGAUCCUGCAAAGUAUCACUCGAGAGGAAAUCGACAAUUUCGAGCCCUACCACGAACGUUAUUACGAGAACAAGUACUGUACCGCUUUUAAUACGCCCCGAAAGAGACACGACACGAUUUUACGGUUCCACUCGAACAAACUGAUCCUUAUAUCUAUAGCGGAGGGCCACGACAUCUUUCGGAACAAGAAAGUUAUCGAAAAAAUCGACUUUACGGUGAACCAAGUGGACCGGUUGAAUAUUAAUGUGUCGGGCAAGAAAAAGACCGGGGCCAAGACGCUGAAAAGGGGCGCGGUCUUGUGCUAUUUAAAGUGUCGAGGGGAGGACGAACCGUAUCCGGUUUAUUGUGCCCUAACCUCGAAACUGAUCGAAGUGAACCAGUUAGUUGUUCGGGACCCCCAGUUACUCGUCAAGAGCUAUCGGGAGCUUGGUUACAUAGCGGUGCUGAAUCCCUCAAGGUUCGGACCUCAAAAAUAUGUGGAGAGCAAUAGUGAAUUAUUGUGCGAAGAAGAAUAUAAGAAAUCUCUCUGUUCUGUGUGUUUCUAACAAAUAAAACAAUAUGCAACAAU